CCCGGCGGACCCAGCUCCGCUGCCCGUCGGCGCUCUCCCCGCGGAGGUUGGGGACCUGCUCAGGGGUGAUGGAGGAGCAUGAGUACCCUUCCUAUAGCGCCCGCAGCCCCGCCUGGGAGGAGCUGGAGUCCGGGAAGAUGGCCGGGGCCGAGUCGGGGAUGAGCGGCGCCGGGAUCCCGCUGCAGCCCCAGCCCCAACCCCCGGCGGCGGCGGCGGGGCCGGCGGACGAGUCGUCGGACAGCGAAGGGGAGCACGAGGGCCCCCAGAAACUCAUCCGGAAAGUGUCCACCUCGGGCCAGAUCCGCAGCAAGACAAGUAUAAAAGAAGGAUUACUACUGAAGCAAACCAGCUCUUUUCAGAGGUGGAAAAAGCGUUAUUUCAAACUUCGAGGUCGUACCCUUUACUAUGCUAAGGAUUCAAAGUCUCUAAUAUUUGAUGAAGUUGACCUGUCAGAUGCCAGCGUAGCUGAAUCAAGCACAAAAAAUGUCAACAACAGCUUCACGAUAAUCACUCCAUUUAGGAGACUAAUAUUGUGUGCUGAGAACAGAAAAGAAAUGGAGGACUGGAUAAGCUCUCUGAAAUCCGUUCAGUCCAGAGAACACUAUGAGACCGCACAGUUUAAUGUGGAACAUUUCUCAGGGAUGCAUAACUGGUACGCCUGCUCCCACGCCCGACCCACCUUCUGUAACGUGUGCAGAGAGAGCCUCUCUGGAGUCACUUCUCACGGCCUGUCUUGUGAAGUGUGUAAGUUUAAAGCACAUAAAAGAUGUGCUGUCCGAGCAACAAAUAACUGCAAAUGGACUACAUUAGCCUCAAUUGGAAAAGACAUCAUUGAAGAUGAAGAUGGUAUAGCUAUGCCUCACCAGUGGUUGGAGGGAAACCUGCCUGUCAGUGCCAAAUGCGCAGUCUGCGACAAGACUUGUGGCAGUGUUCUACGCCUGCAAGAUUGGAAGUGCCUUUGGUGUAAAGCUAUGGUUCACACGGCCUGUAAAGAUCUGUACCCUCGUAAAUGUCCACUUGGCCAAUGUAAGGUAUCGAUCAUCCCUCCAACAGCACUAAACAGUAUAGACUCCGAUGGUUUCUGGAAAGCCACAUGCCCGCCAUCCUGUGCCAGUCCUCUUUUAGUUUUUGUUAACUCAAAGAGUGGAGACAAUCAGGGAGUAAAGUUUCUUCGUCGAUUCAAACAGUCGUUAAAUCCAGCUCAGGUCUUCGAUUUAAUGAAUGGAGGACCUCACUUAGGUUUGCGGUUAUUUCAGAAGUUUGACAACUUCAGGAUUCUUGUGUGCGGUGGCGAUGGAAGUGUGGGUUGGGUCUUGUCAGAAAUUGAUAAGCUCAGCUUGCACAAGCAGUGUCAGUUAGGAGUGUUACCCCUUGGUACUGGAAAUGACCUUGCUCGUGUCCUUGGUUGGGGAGGAUCCUGUGAUGAUGAUACACAACUUCCUCAGAUUUUGGAAAAACUAGAACGAGCCAGCACGAAAAUGUUAGACAGGUGGAGUAUAAUGUCAUAUGAACUGAAAUUACCAGCAAAGCCUUCUAUUCUUCCUGUGACUGCAGAAGAAUCAGAGGAGUGCCAGAUAUCUGCUUAUGAGGAUUCAGUUGCUGCUCAUCUUGCAAAAAUUCUCAAUUCUGAUCAGCAUUCAGUUGUCAUAUCAUCUGCCAAAAUAUUAUGUGAAACUGUAAAGGAUUUUGUUGCCAAAAUAGGGAAGACUUACGAAAAACCAAUGGAAAAUGCAGAGGAAGCUGAUGCCAUGGCCAUUAAAUGCUCAGAGCUAAAUGAAAAGCUGGACCUAUUGCUCCAGGCUCUUCACACAGAAGCCCAGGCUGCUCCCAUUCUCCCAGGCAUUGCUCCCCCCAUUGUGGAAGAAGAACCAGAGGAGUUCUCAAGUGAAGAAUCCUUGUCUGAAAGUAAAGAGCAAUUAGCAGAGUGUGUCUCAAAGUCUUCCCAGAAGCUCUUCAAACCAAGGCAGCAGUUAAUGCUCCGAGCAAACAGCUUGAAGAAGGCUGUGAGGCAGAUCAUUGAACAAGCAGAAAAAGUUGUGGAUGAGCAGAAUGCUCAUAGUGAAGAACAAGUGAACCAAUCUCCAGUAGAAUACAGCAAAGAAUUGGAUGAAUCUAAAGAAGAGGAAAAAGAGGAAGAUACAAAGGAACUUGAGUCUCCAUCAACUAAAACUGCACCAAGAUCUCCUGACAGACGUACAAGCCGAGGUAUCCAUUCCCAGACAGGUUCUUUCUCUGCUCCAGCUUUGGCAGCAAGCAAGGAAAACCUCCCAGUACUUAACACGAGGAUUAUCUGCCCAGGUUUAAGGGCUGGUCUAGCUGCUUCCAUUGCAGGAAGUUCAAUUAUUAGCAAAAUGUUGCUAGCAAACAUCGAUCCAUUUGGUGCUACGCCGUUUAUUGACCCGGAUCCAGAUUCCUUGGAGGGAUAUUCAGAAAAAUGUGUCAUGAACAACUACUUUGGAAUUGGGUUAGAUGCAAAAAUUUCACUAGAAUUUAAUAAUAAGCGAGAAGAGCACCCUGAAAAAUGCAGAAGUCGGACGAAAAACAUGAUGUGGUAUGGAGUUCUUGGCACAAAAGAGCUAUUGCAGAGAACUUACAAGAACCUAGAACAAAAAGUUCAACUUGAGUGUGAUGGACAGUACAUCCCCCUUCCAAGCCUGCAGGGCAUAGCUGUGCUAAACAUUCCCAGCUAUGCUGGUGGGACUAAUUUCUGGGGCGGAACCAAAGAAGAUGACAUAUUUGGAGCUCCAUCAUUUGAUGAUAAAAUCUUAGAAGUUGUUGCUGUAUUUGGCAGCAUGCAGAUGGCAGUGUCCAGAGUCAUCAAACUGCAGCACCACAGGAUAGCUCAGUGUCGGUCAGUAAAGAUCACCAUACUUGGUGAUGAAGGGGUUCCAGUGCAAGUCGAUGGAGAGGCAUGGAUCCAGCCCCCAGGAGUUAUUAAGAUCAUCCAUAAAAACAGAGCUCAGAUGCUAACACGAGACAGAGCCUUUGAAAACACCCUGAAGUCUUGGGAGGACAAACAGAAGUAUGAUUCCUGCAAACCUGUCAUUCGAUCUCCCUUGUAUCCUCAGCAAGCUGUUGAGUUGGCUACAGAAGAAGAAGUUGCACAGAUCCAGUUGUGCUCACAAGCUGCAGAAGAACUUAUUACCAGGAUCUGUGAAGCAGCAAAAGUACAUGGCCUCUUGGAGCAGGAGCUUGCUCAUGCUGUUAAUGCAUGUUCACAUGCAUUAAAUAAAGCCAACCCAAGGUUUCCUGAGAGCCUUACCAGAAACACUGCCAUGGAGAUAGCUGUCAAUGUGAAGGCCUUACACAACGAAACAGAAUCUCUGCUAGUAGGGAGAGUUCCUUUGCAGUUAGAAGCUCCCCAUGAAGAACUGUUGUCUGAUGCUUUGCACAGUGUGGAAAUAGAGUUGAGAAAACUUGCUGAGAUUCCUUGGCUUUAUUAUGUUUUUCAACCAAAUGAUGAUGAGGAUCCCCCUCUGGAUUAUGCUAAACGAAACAAUAGAAGUACAGUGUUCCGUAUAGUGCCAAAGUUUAAAAAAGAAAAAAUUCAGAAGCAUAAGACCAGCCCUCAGCCUGUUCAAAAAUGGGGCACAGAUGAAGUUGCUGCUUGGCUGGAUCUGCUCAGUUUGGGAGAGUACAAAGAAAUCUUCAUCAGCCAUGACAUCCGAGGCUCUGAGCUUUUACACCUGGAAAGGCGAGAUCUUAAGGACCUGGGGAUAACGAAAGUGGGUCAUAUGAAGCGAAUUCUCCAGGGAAUUAAAGAGCUCAGCAAGAACACCCCUUUGUCUGAAGUGUAAUUAUGCUGGUGCUUUUCUUAAAGAGAGAAGAGAAAGUUGCUGGAGAAGCAAAGCUGUUGCAGGCACUUGGCUGUCCUUGUAGUUUAUGGAAGAAUAAGCACUGGUGUUUGUACAGGCUAGCAUCUCUGCAUUCUUGUGUGGUGAAGAACUUGCAGCAAGAGUACAAAAGGAUUUGUGCCAAAACAAAAAGGAAAAGGUGAUAUGUUCUGUGAAGAUGUUUUCUUGGUGUGCAAAUUGGCCAGCUCGGAUAAGCCCAUAUUGGUAAAUUGAUUGGUUGAUGGUGAACUGCACUGACUGGAAAAUAUAGUCAAGGAACGAUUGCUUUGCUUACAUGCAGCUCAGUAUGCCUCUCUUUAUGCUGCAGCAAGAUGCCACCGUACAGCAUGAGGUCAUCUGGUUUUCCUUCCGAGGCAUAGCUCUGUAAAACCUCCUGUGCAGGAGACCAGGAGGUUUGGAAGGUUCAACACGUGAGCCUGGCAGUGCCGCAGGUAUCCAGCACUCGCUGGCCAUGCAGAAGAGGGGAGAGAUACCUCGUGAUACCAUGAAUGCAAACUAUAAUGCAUGGUGUGCCUGCCUGAAUUGUCUGUUGUUCUGUUGCAUGACACAUCUGAUACUUUAAACACUUGAACAACUUUUUUAUUGGUUUGAAUGAGAUUAAUUUAUUGCUACUUGAGUGUCUUUUUUUUUUUUUUUUCCUCCAGUUUCAGGCACUUUUCUAUUCUUCAGUGUUGUGUUAUGCCUAAAAUGUGUUCUAUGGCAAAGGGUGUGUGGGUGUGGAAACUUAGCAUUUGUGCCAUAUUCAGCAGAUUAUAUAUGAUUGAAACACUGUACAGUUAGGUUUUUAAAUAUAUCAUGUACAGAAGGUUUAUCAGGUAACUAACUUAUGAGACUUUUUGAAAGACCGGUACCUCACAAAAACAUCAAUUGGCUUCCUGCAUGGAAAAUGAUAAAGAAUUUUCUUGUGGUGCAUUUUAAUGUAGUUAUUCGGUUAUCUUAAACAUCUGUAGCAUAUUUGAACUUGUAGGCACUAAUGGUUUUAUUUAUUCUAUUGUUCAAAAGCAGGUUUAAAUAUUAAUGAAAUUUUCUUAAAGGAAAAUUUAAUUUUAUAUAUCAUACAUAAGAAGAUAUUUAAAAUGUAGCAGCUGAUUUGAUUUUUGUGGGGUAAACUUUUACU